UAUUUAAUAUAUAUUAAUAUAUUAAAAGUAUAUGUUACAUUUAGACAAAUAGAAUGUGAAGCAGGCCCAGUGAAAAUACCAACAUUAUAUCAUUAUUUAACACUUGAGAACAAAAUGUUCAUGUGUUUUCAGUAAAGACCAGCUUUAAAUUUCCUCAAUACAAAAGAUUAUGACCUCUUGAUUUAUACUUUAAUCACCUCAUUUUCAGUUUUUCACUACUUUUUCAUGAGCCUAUACUCUACACUGGUAAUUUAGCUGGUUUAACCAGUUCUUAAUAAGUAUAAUAUAUGUUGAUUUUUUGUUGCUUUUGCUGGUCAGUUACUUUGGUUAUGAUGGUCAAUAAGCUUGUUAACCCAGUUUAGUUAAGCUGAUGAAGCUGGUAGAUCAGCUAAACCAGUAAACUCAAAUAAAGACACGUGCUAUAUUGGUGAAAAGCAAAGCAGUUCAACCAGUUUAACCAGAUGGAGCUGAGUGGAUUAUUUUUAAGUAGGUCUUAACCCUGAAUCAAACCUAACCCUAAGCUAUAUAUAUAAAUAAAUAAACUAAAACAAUAAAAAAGAGUACUUCAGUUUCUGAAUCAGUUUCUCUGGUUUUGCUAUUUAUAGGUUUAUGUUUGAGUAAAAUGAACAUUGUUGUUUUUUUCUAUAAACUACAGACAACAUUUCUCCCAAAUUACAAAUAAAAAUAUUCUCAUUUAGAGCAUUUAUUUACAGAAAAUGAGAAAUGUCUGAAAUAACAAAAAAGAUGCAGAGCUUUCAGACCUCAAAUAAUGUAAAGAAAACAAGUUCAUAUUCAUAAAAUUUUAAGGGUUUAGAAAUCAAAUUCACUGAAUUUUUCAUGCAUCUUGGCAUCAUGUUCUCCUCCACCAGUCUUACACACUGCUUUUGGAUAACUUUAUGCUGCUUUACUCCUGGUGCAAAAAUUCAAGCAGUUCAGUUUGGUGGUUUGAUGGUUUGUGAUCAUCCAUCUUCCUCUUGAUUAUAUUCCAGAGGUUUUCAAUUUGGUAAAAUCAAAGAAACUCAUCAUUUUUAAUGGUCUCUUAUUUACCAUAUAAAUAACAUAAUAUCUAGCUCACCAGAUAUUUUUUUGAAGUGUACAUGCACAUUAUGUUUAUUGAACCCUUUAAUUGACAUAAUAGUGAAAAUAAUACCAAUAUCAAUAAAAUAUCUAUUGAUCUCCCCUUUUUUUACUAAGUAAAAUUUAAUAAUUAUACUCUUACAUUCUUUAGACAGACAGACAAACAACUUUACAUGGAGGGACAUAAUAAAGUGUAAUUAAACUGAAUUAUGAUCUUUUUUUAAACAACUUUAGAAUGUCAGUUGCAUUUAUUAACAUGGUGCAUUUAUUUUCUGUAAUAAAGAGAUCGUUUAUAACCAAAGUUAUGAGUAUAAACUGACUGUGUUUAUACAGUCACUGGAUCUGAAACGCUCUCGGUAAUAAACGCACAAUUUUUCCCCCGCCUGUUUUCCGGUCAAACUCCACCCAUAUUCCGCCUGGCCCCGCCUCUCCCUUGCUGUGAUUGGCCACUGCAGGCAGUCUGCUUCAGCAGCCUUGGCGAUAAACGCUAUCCAAUGGCAGCGCAGGAGGGGCGGGGCUCUGCCUGACUGCGGGUGGGGAUUACAAGUCGCACCGCAUCUCCGGAACACGUGACGUCUGCGUGUAAAAAAAAUAAAAAAUAAAUAAAUAAAGGAAACGCGGACAUGUCUGAACACAGACCGCGCUCGUGACCCGCUCCAAUGAAUAACAACACGUCGGACGCAGCGCGAGAGAGGCGGAAUUCUGAGGCUCGCGCUGGGAUGCAGGACGAGCUCGCGACCGCGGCGGCCAACGGAGACACCGCGCGCACCAGGGAGCUGCUGGACAACGGAGCUGACGUCAACGGAACCAACAGGUUCGGGAGAACACCUAUACAGGUGAUGAUGAUGGGCAGUACGCCGGUCGCGCGCUUGCUGCUGUCUCGCGGAGCGGACCCGAACGUGCCGGAUUUGGAUACGGGCGCGACCCCUCUGCACGACGCGGCCCGCGCGGGCUUUUCGGACACGGUGAGCGCGCUGCUGGAGUUUAACGCUAAUCCGGAGCUUAAAGACGCGCAACACAAAACACCUGCGGAGACCGCGCUGGAGCACGGGCACGAGCGCAUAGCAGAGUGCCUCAACAAGAUUACAUCAUAUACACAACAGCCAAACAACCCAUAAUAAUUUUUAUUAUAAAUAGUAAUAAUAAUAAUAUUCAAUCCUACAACUUUAUUUACUAUAACAAUACACACAAUUACUUUACUUUGUACUAGUUUAUACAUAUUAUGCAAUAUUAUACAUAUAAGUAAGAUUUACUACAUGUACUAUAUACAGUAUUGUAAUAGAGUACCAGUACUGUAGUAUACUCUUGUAGUUAUGCUACUUUGACACAAAGUAAAAACUUACGUCCAGUAAUUGUGUUUAUGUAACAUUUAAUUUAUGUGGCUUUAUGUAACUUUGAAAAAGUAAAACAACAAUGUCAUUUUAAUCAUGCAUAAAAGUAUUUUUAGGAUUCUUUACAGAACCUUUUUUAAGUAGUAAAGAUGAAAAAACCUUAAUGGUGAACUAUAUUUUAUUUGAUUUGUUUUACUAAAAAAAACUGGGUUUGUAAAAUUAAGUUAAUUUCGCUAAAUUUCGUUUAAAAGUUAAAGAGAGGAAAACGUUUCCUGAGUGAUGGAUGAAUCGGAUGAAUGAACGUUGUGCACUGCUCUGCUCACAUUUUAUUGAUUAUUGUAUUUAAAAAAAAUAAAUUUAAAUUCACAUUUAAAGAGCAGAUCAUGAAACCGUGGCUUCAUCCAUUCAUUCAGCACUUUCAUCAUUUUGAUAAAAUAAAAACAUAGUUAGUUUCAGUUGAAUAUUAUUAUUAUUGUUUUUUGUUUUUGCAUUAAUGUAUGAUAUUCGUCUACAUUUAAAGCUUGAGUUUAUUUAUGUGGAGUUUAAUGUGUUUCUGCACUUUAAUUAAUCAGUUAGUAAUAAAAUACAGGAGUUUACUGCAAUAUAAACCUCUAUAUGAACCCUGUAAAGUGGAUUAUUACUGCUCGCGCUUUUCUCAGUGGAUUAUUAUUUAUGAACUGUUGAUGUGAACUGCACUGACUGGGAGAAAUUAUUCGACUCUCUGUGAGUCGCUGAGAUUUGGUUUACUGAUUUUAAUUAUUUCUGCUGAUUUGAUGUUAAUGUAAUUUAGUGUAAUAUUUAAACAGCCCAGCCUCGCUUUGUGUGUGGAGAAUGUUUUUUUAUGGCGAAUUAAAGUCUUAUCUAAAACCGA